AUGGGAAAUGGCUCCAUGAAACCCAAGCCACUGGGGCAGCCAGAUGGACAACUGGUGAACCUUUCUGUUAGCUCCUGCAGCAAACUCCGUAAUACUGAUCCUGUGAAAGGAAAAGUAUGGGAACUGGAAAGGCAACUGAAAAUGAAAGAUGAGGAGCUGAUAAAGAAAGAACACAUAGUUCAUGAAUUGCAGGAGAAAUUUACCAAACAGACUCAAGUCAUUGCAGAAAUCACAGAGGAGCUUCAAAGCAAAUGUAUUCAGCUUAACAAACUGCAGGACGUUAUCAGCUCUCAUAGUGGCAACUCCAUAACACCCACUUUAAAAAUGUUGACCGCUUCACCAUCUACAAAUCGACACAUAUCACCUUCAAGAGCUUUACAGACGUCACCAUUUAAGACACUGUCAGGGUUUUUCAAUAAUAGCAAACGAAAAGGUGCUAAGGAGGGUGUCUCUGCAGAACCCACCACAAGAACAUACGACCAAAGUAACUCACCAAAGUUUUCAUUUGAAAAAGCUUGUGUUAGGAAAGAUUCAAGUGAGAAAAAAAUGAUAACUGAGGCCUUAAACAAGAAUCAAUUUCUAAAGCACUUAGAUCCUCAUCAAAUCCGGGACAUAGUAGAAUGCAUGUUUGAGAGAAGAUAUGCUCAAGGAGACUAUAUUAUCAAGCAAGGAGAACCUGGCAGCCAUAUCUUCGUAUUAGCUGAGGGUAAAACCGAAGUUUUCCAGCAGAACAAGCUUCUAGCUUCCAUCCCAGUGUGGACAACCUUUGGAGAGUUAGCAAUACUUUAUAACUGCACAAGAACGGCCUCAGUAAAAGCAAUCACUAAUGUCAGGACAUGGACCCUUGACCGAGAAGUGUUUCAAAAUAUCAUGAGAAAGACAGCUCAGACAAGACAUGAGGAGUAUCAGAAUUUUUUGAGAAGUGUAUUUUUGCUGAAGAAGCUUCCAGAAGACAAGUUGAUGAAGAUCGCAGACUGUUUGGAACUGGAGCGCUAUGGAAAAGGGGAUUUUAUUAUUCGUGAAGGAGAAGAAGGAAGCACAUUCUUUAUCAUUUCUAAAGGGAAGGUAAAAGUCACGCAAAGUGCAGAAGGCUUGGAUGAGCCACAAUUAAUUAAAACACUAGAAAAAGGAGAGUACUUUGGUGAAAAAGCACUUAUCAGUGAUGAUGUCAGAUCAGCUAAUAUUAUUGCAGAUGACAAUGAGGUGGAGUGCUUAGUCAUGGACAGAGAGACUUUUAAUCAGACUGUUGGAACUUUUGAAGAACUUCAAAAGUAUCUUGAGGGCUAUGUUGCCAACCUGACACUAGAUGAUAAAAAACGACAUGCCAAGAAAUCCAAAGAAAGGCAGCUUGACAAGAUGGUGUCACUGGAAAUGAUUCAGAUGAUGGAAACUGUUUCCAAAUUUUCCUCAACCUCACCUUUCCAUGACCUAGAGAUUAUCACCACAUUGGGUGUCGGUGGGUUCGGAAGAGUGGAGCUGGUAAGAGUGAAAAAUGAAAACUUAGUAUUUGCUAUGAAAUGUAUAAAGAAGAGGCACAUUGUGGAUAAUAGACAACAAGAACAUAUACACUCAGAAAAGAAUAUUUUACAGGAAGCUCAUUCCCCUUUCAUAGUCAAGUUAUACCGCACUUUCAAAGACACAAAAUAUGUGUAUAUGUUGCUUGAAGUAUGUCUGGGUGGAGAACUAUGGAGCAUCUUAAGAGACAGAGGCAGUUUUGAUGAGAGUACUGCUAAGUUCUGCAUUGGAUGUGUGGUUGAAGCUUUUGAGUAUCUGCAUCAGAUCGGUGUGAUGUAUCGUGAUUUAAAGCCAGAGAAUUUACUGCUAGACAAUGAAGGCUAUGUCAAACUGGUUGAUUUUGGAUUUGCAAAAAAAAUCUUUCCAGGACAAAAAACAUGGACGUUCUGUGGGACACCAGAGUAUGUUGCUCCAGAAGUAAUUUUAAACAAGGGUCACAAUUUUAGUGUGGAUUUCUGGUCACUUGGAAUACUACUAUAUGAAUUGCUCACAGGAAGCCCUCCUUUUACUGGGCCAGACCAGAUGAUGAUCUACAAUUUAAUUCUCCAAGGUAUUGAAAAAGUCGAGUUUCAUAGAAAAAUAGGCAGAAGGCCUGAAGAUCUGAUCCGACGCCUGUGCAGACAAAAUCCAUCAGAAAGACUAGGAAACUUGAAGAAAGGAAUAACUGACAUUAAGAAACACAGAUGGUUUAACGGUUUUAACUGGGAAGGAUUGAGUUUGAGAAAUGUUCCAUCACCCUUAAAACCAGAGCUUGACGGACCUAUGGAUCACAGCUAUUUUGACAACUAUCCACCAGAUGAUGAAAUACCCCCUGAUGAGAAGUCUGGAUGGGAUCAAGAUUUCUGA